AUGACCUUUCUUUCCUUGCCAUUUCUUUCUUUCAUUCUUUCUUUCUUUCUUGUCAUUUUAUUCUUUGCUUUCAUUUUUUUCUUUCUCUGCUAUUUCUUUCUUUUUUCUUUCCUUCUUUUAUUUUUUGUUAUGUGUUUCUUUCUUUUUUCUUUCCUUCUUUUAUUUUUUGUUAUGUGUUUCUUUCUUUUUUCUUUCGCUUCUGUUCUUUGUCCUUUAUUUCUAUUCUUUCUUUCUUUUAUUCCGUACUUAUUCUAUCGUUUCUUUCUUUCUUUCUUUAUUUCUUUCUUUCUUGCUUUCUUUCUUUCUUUCUUUCUGUAUUUUGCCCAUUCUAUCGUUUCUUUUUAUCUUUCUUUCUUUCUUUCUUUCUUUCUUUCUUUCUUUCUUUUGCCCAUUCUAUCGUUUCUUUCUUUCUUUCUUUCUUUCUUUCUUUCUUUCUUUCUUUCUUUUGCCCAUUCUAUCGUUUCUUUCUUUCUUUCUUUCUUUAUUUAUUUCUUUCUUUCUUUCUUUCUUUCUUUGGCAUUUAUUUAUUUCUCUUCGCUCUUUCUUUUAUCAUUUCUUUUAUUUUCUUUCUUCAUUCCUUUCUUUCUUUCUUUCUUUCUUUCUUUCUUUCUUUCUUUCUUUACCAUUUCUUUCUUUUUCUGA